AUGACGGCAGCACAAAACUGGCCAGUCGCCAUCUAUGGGUUCCUUCCGCCGCAGAGAAAUCCGGUCGAAGCGGCUGGAAUUGUCUACGAGGCGCGGAUAAUCCGUGAUAAACUGACGCUGGGCCGUUGCACCUUGCCAAUUUACAAGAAUUCGCCGGUCGCCAGUGACAACGAUGCCGCAGACAGCGACGUCCCCGAGGUAGACUUUACUGAAUAUCAGGUGAAGUUGAAUUUUUUAAUUUCAGCCUGGAGAGAUCCGCAAACAUUUGUUCGACGCCGACAAUGAAAAAUACGAAAAAUAUCUGAUGAAGCUCGACCCAAACGAUACGAGAAAUCAAGAUCAUUACAAAGUUUUGGGAUUAUCCAAGCUCAGGUGGAAAGCGACGACAGAAGAAAUUCGGCAUUGCUGUAAGUUAUUUUCAAUAUUGUCAAUGUUAAAAAACUGAUUUCAGAUAGGCAAAAAGUUCUGAAACAUCACCCGGAUAAAAAGAAACAUCGAGGGGUAGCUGUAGAAAAGGAAGAAUACUACACAUGCAUUACCAAGGUGACUACUCAAAGUUUUUUUUUUAAAAUUUUAAUGAAAAGUUUUGAAGGCUUACGAGCAAAUCGGAAUGUCGGAGGCUAAACGUCAAGCUUUCGACUCGGUCGAUCACAAGUUCAACGAAACUCUGCCGAAUGAAAAGAGCAUCAACGCGGAGAACUUCUACAACGAGUUGGCCCCAGUUUUCGAGCUCAAUUCGAGGUUGAAAUGAUAGAUAUUUGGGUUGACUGUGAACUUUUCCAGAUGGUCGAAUAUCCAGCCAGUGCCUCAACUCGGCAAAAAAGACGCGACGCGAGAUGAAGUCGAAGCCUUCUACAACUUUUGGUUCGAUUUCUCGUCUUGGCGCGAGUUCUCUUAUUUGGACGAAGAAGAUAAAGAACGGGGAGAAGACCGUUAUGAGCGCCGAGAGAUGGAGAAACAGAAUAAGGUUACUUAAAAACGAAAGAAUUUUUUUAAUUGAGCUUUGUUAUUAUUUAUUUCUAAACUAUUUUGCAAACACAAACGUUUUGUUUUUUUAAAUAUAAAAAAAUUAAUAGGCGGAACGAGAAAGAAGAAGAAAAGAAGAGGCGAAACGAAUCAGACGCCUUGUAGAGAUGUCCUACGCGAAAGAUCCGCGGAUAGUCAAAUUUAAAAAAGAUGAGCAAAUGGUUAGUUAAUAGUUUUUUAUUUGAUCAAGUUAAUUUUUUUUAGAAGAAAGAAAAGGCCAAGGAAGAUCGUAAGAGGAUAGCGCGAGAGAAACAAGAAGCACAGGACCGGGAAAUUCGCGAAAAGGAAGAGGCCGAGAAGAAAAUCAAAGAGGAGGAGGAGCGGAAAGCCAAAGAAGAGAGGGUUUUUAAAUGAUUACUAAUAAAAAAUAAACUUCUCUAUCAAAGGACCGCGAGAAGAAAGAAAGGGACAUCGCGAAGAAGGCGGCAAAUGUGCAGAAGAAGCGGUUGAAGCGUAUGGCUGAGGAGGCCGGCCAUUGGACGGAAGACCCCCGCAGAAAGCUUGACGAAAUGGAGAGAAUCGAGAGGGUUUCCAGGCUUUUUACAUUUUUCAUUUAUUCGAAAAAUGUUCAGAUUUGCUUGGGUCUUGCAACGGACGAAAUGAAAGAGCUUUGCAAUCGAUUGGAAAACCUGACACUUCCGGAAGACAUCAGGGAGGCUUUGACUGACGCCGAAGUAAGCAGAAGAAAACCAUCGCGAAGUGAAAAUUCGGUGUUAAGGAGGCCAAAAAAGCCAACGCCAACUUGCUGAAAAAUACCGAGGACAAGGGGAAAGAGAACGAGAAGCAGCCGGCCGCCGUCACUUGGAGCAAUGACGAGAUUCAGCUUCUCGUCAAGGUUUUUCAUUAGUUCGUUUCAGAAAUGAAAGAUCGUUAUUCAGGCAUCAAACACUUACCCGCCAGGGACCGUGGAGCGUUGGAUCCAGAUAGCGGACUACAUAAACGAACAUCGAAAGGACAAAACGACUCCCCUCAAGACGGAGAAACAAGUCAUCAAGCAGGUUCGAUUCAUUUCAAGUUGCAAACAUUUAAUAAGAUUCAAGCUUUUAUUUUUUUUUCUUCAAGUAGUUCCACGGAAUUCAGAAAGCUUCUACAAAAUUUGCGUUCUCCAAGAGUCAUUUAUAUUUCGCAAAGUUACGCCGUGUUUAAAAUGAUUUUGCGAAAUUCAAGUUAGAUGCCAGAGAUUGAAAAAUAUAACUAAAUUUUGGAAAGUCAGUGAUAAUUCUGAACUUGCAUCGUUAAAAUCACGUGAUUUUUUUUUUUGAAAGUUGCACAUGCUAAUCAACAUAGGCAAAGUCGCAAAAGGUGGAAAAAUGCUCCAUAGGAAUUUUGGGUGACAAAGGCUCCUUUUUUGUACCUUCUCGCGCCAUUUCAUCGGCUCUUGGGCGCCAUUUUUCGCGACCAUCAUUCACCAUUCCGACUUUACUCGAGAAUCAGAAAUUUAGGCAAUAUUUUCUGACAGGAACAAUUUGAUUUCAGUGCAAAGCCGUGCAGACAAUGAACGUGAAGCUGCCGGCGACGACCCAGAAUCAACUAGGAACCGCGCUGCCAGACGAAGACGUCUGGUCAGCCGCCGAGCAGAAGCUCCUCGAAGAGGCUCUCAAAAAGCAUCCGGCCAGCGACGCUGAAAGAUGGGAGAAGGUGGCUUUUUUAAAAAAAUUAAUUCGAUAAGCUGUUCAGUAAAAUUUUCGUAUUUGUCUCGAAAUUUCAGAAAGCUGGUGCUCACGCCCCUUAAAAUAUUAUUUUUCUAAUGUCUUAGGAAUUCCACCAUAAUGGUUAAAGGGAAAACAAGCCCUAUAGGGGCCGAAAAAGCGGUCCCUGUAGGGGUAAAAUCAAGACGGUCCCUAUAGGGGUUUUUGUGUCUCACCCCUGAGCCCCUAAAGCUAUAGUAGCCCCUAUAGGGACUGGUAAAGUAGAAACAUGCUAGUCAGUAAUUUGUAUUUUCUUUAUGUGAAGAAUCAUUUCCAUUGAAUAAACAAGCGUUUUAAAUGAAAUGAGACCCUAUAGGGACCAUUUUCUCUGAAUCCUACAGGGGCUGUGUUCCCCCUCACCCCUAUAGGGACCUCCCUGGAAUUCCUAAGUUUGGAACAUAUUUUUAAAAUUUUUGAACAAACGAUGGGAGCUGAUGAAAAGUUAUUGAUGUGUCUGAUUAGUUAAAAGAAACUUUUUUUUUUCUAGAUUUCGACGGACAUCGGUACGAAGUCCAAGAAAGCCUGCGUGCGACGCUUCAAGUACCUUGUCCAAAUGGUGAAAAACAAAAAAUGA